AUGGAAGAUCCCGAGAUGAUGGAAGUGGUGCGCAAUACACACGCCUAUGGGUUGAGCACCUAUACCCGCAUCACAGCCCAUCCCGAUGAGGUUUGCAGAUCCAUUCCCAAGAACCUGGAAGACAAAUCCGUAUCCACGCCUACAACACCCUCAAUCGGGAACACCAUCCCACUCCCGUCCUGA